AUGGAUUCGCCCCCCGCCAGGCACACCUGCCUGAGGCUGCGCAUCGCCGACGCCGACGCCGCCGCUGGCGUGGUCUUCAUCAAGGGCACCUGGUUCGCCCUCCGCUUCGACCUCUCCAUCACUGACGGCUACGACGCCUGGACCUGCAAUGGUCUCUCUCUCUCUCUCUCUCGUUCUGCGUCUCCAACUCAUCCUUGCUCCCUCGCUCCUCCUGGAAAUUUGUAUUUCCGAGCUAGAUUUCCUGAGCAUUGUUAUUUGGGGUGCUGCGCAGCGACCGAGGCGGAGGUGAGGCAGAGAGCGGCGCAGUGGGAUCAGCCGGUGGCCGAGUACAUGGCCGUGACUGAAAGGCACCUGGGGUUUCAGCAACCAGGCUCCCUUUACAAGUUUGAGGAUGCCGGCAAUGGACAGAGAAGAGUGAGGACCUGCGGUUCUUCUCCCCCAGCUUUUUGUUUCGUUCCAUAUCCCCUGCAUUAGUUGCUCGCAGUUUCCGCGGUGUUUUUCGAUUCCUCUGGUGUACUCGGCAUUCAGAAAGGUGACAAUCGCGCCAAAACGUGAAUGUGUCUUGUGAAUCUUCUGAGUAGGACUAGAGGAAGAAGGAAAUCAAGGAAUAAGAUUGGCAUACCAUCAUUAGGAGAGGAGGAAGAAGAAGGGGGAAUAAAGAUGCAGAUGUUCACGUGGAAGAAGAAAAUUUUGAAAAAAAGAAAACCGAUAAAAUCGGGGAAAUGA